UUUCAGGCCUUGGCACUCACAUGCAUAUGACCCCCUCCGUCCGGAAAUACUUGUCAUCAAAAUGGAUAAAAGGGGAUGUAUCUAGAAGUAUUUUAGUUUUAGAUACAUCUCUUUUUAUCAAUUUUGAUGACAAGUAUUUUCGAACGGAGGGAGUACUUGACACCUACAUAAAGUUGUUGUGAGAUUGAUUUAACCUAAUUUCUUUGUAUUUUCAUCACAAAUUAUUUAUGUUUGUUCGCAUGGACAAACUGACACUGAUUUGGAAAAUUGGUACAACUUUGUACUGAAGUUGUACUAAAUCAGCAACAAGUAAUAUGGAUCGGAUCGGAGAGAGUACUGGUAUUUGCUAACUUACCAGUCACCACACUGUGUCAUAGAUUAUGACAUCUUGUCAUGCAUGGCGCGCCUCUUCUGUUUCCAUGCUGGCCUUCAUGUGUAGCUAGCUAUUGUACUUGCCGAAAGUGGCUUUGUUAGGGAAUUCUUGGUCUGCUAACAGGGACGAUUAACCUGAUCAACAGUGUUUCGUGGGUAAAGGUUUUUUAUUCCUUAUCACUGUUAGGGUAUGUUUGGUCAUCUAGCUUAUAGGUAGGCUUUGCUCCGCCAACAUAAUUCAAGAGAUUUUUUCCAAAGUCUGCAAAUUUUCAAAUUUGUACAGAUCUAACAUGUAAAUGACAACGGCUCUUCACCGCAAAAAAAUAAAUGAAACUAACAGGCUCCAACCUCAAACCACGCGUGCUUGGCGUAGUAGUUGUGUAGACAGCUCUCAAUUUUUCACACCGUUGUGUUCUGCGUUAAUUCAUGUUUCCUCUGUGUGUAUGCAUGCGUAACGUCUGUUGCAGGGCAUAUGAUGAGUGGGUCCUAAGAUGGAACUGUAGUUUUGGUGUCAGCAAUUAAACAGUGAUAAUAGGGCAGCUGCAAUAUUCGGCCAUUUCAUAUCAGGUCGACAAGCGAGUGGACGAGGAUCCACAGAAGGCGGCAUUAUUGUGAAUCACCAUGGAAGAUGGUAUGGUGGGAAAGUUCUACGACAGGCAAAGAAGAAUCUCCUUGAAUUCCUUUUUGCAGCUGAGAAACCUCCUGUGGGCUACGUCCAAGCAUGAUGUCUACGUGACACAGAACUAUUCUGUGAUGCAUUGGUCAUCCCUACUCCGGAGAGGAAAAGAAGUGCUCAAUGUGGCAGGCCCAAAUCAGGAUAUGCGGGGAGGUCGGCCCUUGUCAAGGGUGCAGAUCAGCACCAUGACGGUAAAAGACAACCUCCUGGCGGCUGGUGGUUUCCAUGGGGAGUUGAUCUGCAAGUAUGUCGAUCAACCUGGAGUGGCGUUCUGUACGAACCUGGCCGGCAACAAGAAGUCCAUCACCAACGCCGUCGAGAUCUACGAAUCACCUAACGGCUCCACCCGGGUGGUGGCUGCCAACAACGACUGCGUUGUUAGAACUUUUGACACGGAGAAGUACAGCCUGCUCACCCAGUUCCCCUUUGCGUGGUCCGUCAACAACAUGUCCGUCAGCCCCGACGGGAAGCUGCUCGCGGUGGUCGGCGACAGCUCCGACUGCCUCAUCGCCGAUUCAGGGUCCGGCAAGGAAAUCGCGAGCCUGCGCGGCCACGCGGAUUACUCGUUCGCGUCGGCGUGGCACCCGGACGGGCGCGUGCUGGCCACGGGCAACCAGGACAGGACGUGCCGGCUGUGGGACGUGCGCAACCCGUCCGAGGCGUUCGCGGUGCUGGAGGGGAGGAUCGGCGCCGUCAGGGGGCUCAGGUUCUCGCCGGACGGCCGCUUCCUGGCCGCGGCGGAGCCGGCGGACUUCGUCUGCGUCUACGACGUGGCGGCGGGGUACGCACGCGCGCAGGAGAUCGAUCUGUUCGGGGAGAUCGCCGGCGUGUCCUUCAGCCCCGACGACGGCGCGGAGGCGCUGUUCGUGGGCGUCGCCGACCGUACGUACGGCAGUCUGCUCGAGUUCCGCAGGCGACACCGUCACGCCUACCUCGACUGCUACCUGUGAAGUGUACGGCGUAUUUCGCGUGCCAAUCUUGUACUACUGCUACUUUUUUUGUACUGCUACUACUUGAGAGUAGGGCUAGAGCAAAGUGCGUCCCGUGUUUCGACAUUUUUCUGCGUCGAAAUGGCAGGUGACUGUAUAUGUUUGACGGGGUUCGCAUCCGCAAACCUCUUUUUACCUGGACGGUCCACCUCUCAUAUAGCACUGUAUUUCCAUAA